GUCUUAAGUCUUAACCAACUACCACCACAUCGGCACAUCCAAACAAACACCAAUUGCCUUUCAAUCAGAGCAUUUCCCCAGAAGUGAAGCUCAGAUCGGCUCGCCAUAACCAACUACCACCAUACCAAUGGCUUCUGCAACCCUCAUUCAUCCUUCCUCUCUAUCUCACAAUUCAUCUCCAUUACCGACUGUUUCUAGAACAUAUCCCUUUAUUGCUUCUCUUUCUAACACCGCACUUUCCUUUUCCUACCCUAAAAACCAAAUACUUCGUUCAAUAACAUUCGUUCCCCAAACGGGUUUAGCUUCUUUUUCUUCUUGGAAUGGCCUCAGGCACAAUGGGUUUUCAAUCUCGCUAAAAUCUUUGAGAUUUGAAAAGAGAAAGAAAUGUCGAGGGAAAGUUGUGUUUGCAUCUUUAUUUGGAGUUGGGGCUCCUGAAGCGUUAGUGAUCGGAGUAGUCGCAUUGUUGGUUUUUGGCCCUAAAGGUCUUGCUGAGAUUGCAAAAAAUCUAGGGCAAACUUUACGAACAUUUCAACCGACGAUUAGGGAACUUCAGGAAGUUUCUAGGGAAUUCAAGAGCACCCUUGAAAAAGAAAUUGGCCUUGAUGAGCUCAAAAAUCCGGCACUACGCAACACCAACAACAUACCUACUUUGUCCUCGACCCCUUUAUCUGUUUCUACAUCUGAAAAUUCUCAGGCAACAACCACAGAAACACCUGCUGCUGCCACCACCACCUCCACUACUGAGGAUUCUCAGGCGGCAGCAACACCUCUUGGUGCCACCACCGAGGAUAGUCAGGCAACACCCGCAACUCCUGUAGGCGUCACUGAGGAUUUUCAGGUAAUAGCAUCACCGCCUGAUGUCACCACAGGGGAUUCUCAGGCGCUAGCAACAACUCCGGCAGCCACUUGAUAGCUAAAUCGACAAGCAUAAUAUGAAAUGUUUUUCAUUAGAACUGAGGAUAAAUAGCUUUAUGAAAAGUGUGUUUUGAAGUUCAAAGUUAAAUCGACGACCAUAAUGUGAUAAGAUAAUUUGGAAAUUUUACAGCCCACUAGUU